AUGCCACUUCACCUUCAACCAGAGCCUGCGCACGUCUUUAGAGUGCCUGCACCUUCUCAGGACUACUAUUAUCCUCAUUUGUACACCGGCUCUUGUCCAUAUUGCUCCUCCAGUACGACUGAUUACACCUACACCUAUGGCGAAGAUGGCUGUCCUGCGUCGUGUGGACAACGGCUGGAUUCUAUAGCUCUGUCACGAUUCGACGAUGACUAUAGCUACAGUGUUUCCUCAAUGCCCAUCGCCACCCAACGGCCGUUCCAGUACAACUACCUCCUUAACCUCUUCACUGCUCCUGACAUGAAGGCCUACCUAGCCCAAACUUCCUUUACCGAAGAUGUCUAUGGCCUGCCUCUUCACCUCCAACGUCUGAUCAGCGAGGCCAAAGAAGAAGUCGUCUUGGUCCAAACAACAGAACAAACCAGUCUAGCCUUGAACCGAUUAGAACUUGUCCGCAAAUAUAUCUGGAUGCAGUCAGACGGCGACGUUGCCUCGCUCAUCAUGGCACUUGUUCAACUGGUGAGCGACGAAGAUGAUCUUGGCCACAUGCUUGACCAAUAA